GUGCGCUUUAACCAUCGACUGGCUAAUCCCGAUGAAUGACAAACGGUUAAGCCAAUUGCUGUAAAGACAAUUUAUAUUCUCAUAGUAUCUUUAUUUUGGGAAACCAUAAAAACGCUCAUGACACGGAGAGGACGACCUAGCAGGCGUACAGCUAAUAACAUCAUCUGUGGCGACCAUCCGCUCAAAUUGGCCUCCGUCGGUAACCGAGAGAAUCUGCUCGUGGGCUUUAAUUUCCAACACGCGCGCGUCCAAAGCCCACGGCCAGCGCUUCGACGCCGCUAUGUCGUGACCGGAGCGAUGCAAAUUUCGCACGAUUCACUGGCCACUGUCCGUCUCCGGCACCGAGAGCUCGAUGUUUUGAUGGCGUUUGGAUGAAGCUCGCCCCACGUCGCCCGGCCGCUGCUGUCGAAGGGCCAUCGGGAACGAGCCGCGGCUCCGUCGGGCUCGCUUCAGCACCUGGACAGCUCCGCUCGCGGGGCUCCCGCUGCUCCGGCCGUGGAAGCCGUGGGCUCGGGAUCUGGAUCUGGAUCGGGCGCACGCAGCCCUGAAACCGCCAGGCUGCGCUCACGGGAUCGUCGUUUAGUCGCUGCGAACAGCGCUCGCACGGACCACGAGCUCUCCGAGCGACGAUGCCGCGUGCAUCCGUUGGGUUUGCACCGAAAGCCGAGCAGCGGCGGCGGUGGUGCUCGUCCCAUGCGAAAGGCUAAGGAUAGCUGCAGCCUACACACUGCGAGGCUGCUGCUGCUUCACUUGCUCUGAUCGCCACCCAGGGAGACAUUACUAUCAGCGCAGGGGGCAGCGGGAGGCACAGCAGCUAUGUAAACCUCACACAGGUCCAAGAUGACAACGCCAUCGAGCAGGUGAAAGCGUGAAGUGCAGCACUAAACCGGGCAGAUCUGAGUGGAAGCCGUGACGAGCAUCGCAUCUCCCCAGCGCCAGCAUCAUGGCUAAUGCUGACAGGGAAGUGGAGCAGGCAGGCCUGUCAGAGCUGGAGAUCAUCUCCCAGCCGGUGGAGGAUGACAACCAGUGCUUGGCUCCUCCGGUCCAGCUGGUGAGUUUUGGCUACAGAGAUCUGCCACUGACGGCCCUGGACCUGUCGCUGGCCGGCUCGCAGCUCAUCUCCAAUGCAGAUGAAGACGAGAACAGGGAGGGGUCCAACUGGCUCAAGCCGUGCUGUGGUCAUCGAGUUGCCUUGUGGCAGGUCUGCCUGCUCAGCGCCGGCUUCAACUGUGUCCUGGUGGCCUGUGUCAUCCUGGUGGUGCUGUUCCUGUCGCUGGAGCUGCUCAUAGACACCAAACUCCUGCAAUUUUCCAAUGCUUUCCAGUUCGCCAGCAUUAUCCACUGGAUCAGCCUUAUCAUCCUGUCGCUCUUCUUCUCAGAGACUGUCUUCAGAAUUGUGGUUCUUGGGAUCUGGGACUACAUAGAAAACAAAGUUGAGGUGUUUGAUGGUGCCGUCAUUGUGCUGUCGCUGGCCCCCAUGGUGGCCUCCACGGUGGCCAACGGGCCCAACAGCCCCUGGGACGCCAUCAGCCUCAUCAUCACGCUGCGCAUCUGGAGGAUCAAGAGGAUCAUUGAUGCGUACGUCCUACAAGUCAAAGUGGACAUGGAGCUGGAGAUCCAGCAGUGUGAGAAGACCAAGGCUGUGAGGGAGGAGCAGCUGGAGCGUCUCACUCAGAUCUGCCAGGAACAAGCUUUUGAGAUCAGGCAGCUCAGGGCACAUCUGGCCCAGCAGGACCUGGACCUGGCGGCCGAACGCGAGGCAGCCAUGCAGAUCCACCACGUAUGGGGCAAGCAGGGCCGGAGCUUCCAGGUGGUGGAAGGCAUGACUCCAGGGGAGUCUGACGACGAGGGAGGCCAGAGGAACCCCAGGGAGCCGCGAGCCGAUGCAGAUCCGGCCGUGCAUGAUGACAUGAACAACUACAUCAGCCAGUACUACAGCGAAGCGAGCAGCGAUGCUGCAGCUCCUGGUCUGGGCCCCCGGCUCAUCACCACAGCAGCCAUUGACGUGCACCUGCCCACUCGGACGAAGCCCCUCCACUCCAGCUCCCUGCUGUCCAUGGAGCGGGUGGGCAGCUCUGUGAGCGAGGCCUCCGCCAGCGUGUCCCGCUCCAGCGGCAGCCUGACGGCCCGGCCGCACAGCCUGAGCAGCCGCGGGCCGGCGUCGUCCGGCACCGACUGCUGCAGCAGCAGCACCGCGCAGGACCUCAGCCAGAGCUGCAGCUCCCGCCGCUGCUGCCCCGCGUCCUUCUCAGGCCCGGACCCCCGCAGGGACCCCAGCGCGGUGGUGCAGGAGCUCCUCUCCUCCCUGUCCGAGGACUCCUGCCUGGCCCAAAAGGGCCUGGUGGUGGACCCGGUUAACCUUAAGUUUCCCAGCCCCGCCGGCUCAGAGAAGACCAGCCCCGAGCUGGACCACAGAAUCAACAUCUUCAACCGCAGGAACCAGGAGGAGAGGCGAGGCCGGGGGAAGGGCUGCGUGCGGCUGCAGACCAAGCCGCUGCUGCACCUGCAGGGCAGCGGCGCCGAACCCUCCCUGGAGGAGAAGUACCGGCUCCUGGGACCGGCGGACACGCCUCUGGGCCACGUGUCUGACACAUGAGCCAGGCGGACGCGGACGGACGGCGUUCCUCUUUGGAUGUUUCUUUUGCAGUAAAUCCCGUUUCAGCCGGUUGAGAGCAAGCUUGAGCCGUUGCUUCCAACACCGACCCCUUCAGACGUGACUCCUUUGUUUAAUGUUUCCUCUGUGACGAGUUUCUAAAAUCUAAAUGCCCUCACAUAGCACAAAGACGAGGGGGUACAGCCCCGGGAGGAGAAUGUGUCCUCCGACACAUUUGUUCAUCAGGAAUUCUCUCUUUAGCUCCUAAAUGCACUGAACUUUACACAAAUUAAAACCAGCAAGGGGCCUUUCAAGCCUGUACUGAACACUUGUUAUGCUCUGCAGUUGAUGGGUGUUUUUUUUUUUUUUUUAAUCGCGUCAUUUCUCGUUAUGUUUAUGUUUUGUGAUAUGAGCAUUAAUCAAGUUCCUGGGUCAACGCUCGUGCUGCGACCCCUCAGCUAUUCAGACACAGCCUUUCUUUAACCUUCGCCUUUCUGUCGUCUCAUCAUCAGACGCGACUGUGAAGCUUAGAGGUUUUCUGUGUGUGGGUGGGUGAGCAGGUAAGUGACUGGAGUGCUUGUAGCAUGAACCUUUAAGAGUUGUGCCCUUGGCAGCCAAAUUACUUGCACUUUAAAUGUUUACUGACACUUUUUGUAAACUCGAUAAGGAGGAAGUUGUUGCCAAAUGCAGACGUUGUCAUUUGAAUUAAAAUAACAAUAAAAGUUGGUAUUUCCAUA